AUGAUUUCGUCCGAUCAGCCGGCUUGUGUCACCCUAGAAACCAGUCAAGGGUCCAUAGUCAUUGAGCUCUACUGGAAGCAUGCGCCACGGACGUGUAGAAACUUCGUGGAGCUGACCAAGCGUGAAUAUUACAAUGGAGUUCCUUUUCAUCGUGUUAUUCGAGAUUUUAUGAUUCAGGGAGGGGACCCGACAGGUACUGGGCGUGGAGGUGCCUCGAUAUACGGACGAUAUUUUGAAGAUGAGAUCAGUGCAGAGUUGAAGCACACAGGGGCUGGGAUAAUUUCAAUGGCAAACUCUGGCCCAAACACAAAUGGUAGUCAGUUUUUUAUUACCCUAGCUCCGACUCAAUGGCUUGAUGGUAAGCACACAAUAUUCGGUCGUGUGAAGUCGGGAAUGCAGGUUAUCAGGCGCCUAGGCAUGAUUGAGACCGACCCGAACGACAGGCCUGUAGAACCGAUUGUGAUUAAUCGGGCCUACCUUACCCCUGUUUCAUAG